CCUCUUUCAUCAUCCCUUCCCCUGAAUACGAUCCAAGCCUCGCUCUCCAGAGAUUUUGCAGCCACCGUCCCUGCUUCCAUCAGAUCAUACCGUCGACGGGUUGGGUUGCGCCAGGAUCACAUUACUUCGGGAUACUCAGUCGGACUUUCCCAAACUACACUCGCGCACCUCGAAGGCCGUAUGCCCAAUACGUCGCAUGGCACGUCUUGUAGUAUACCGGUAGGCCAACAUUUCCGGCUCGAGAUCGCUGAAUAGGCUUGUCAGCAUGUCGCGGCCUCGUUCGCCUGUGAGGGGAACUCCGAAUGCUCUCCAACCCCCUUCAGAUCCGGCAGCAGCAGAGGGCACAAAUCUACGAUCAAGCGCUCAAAGCGGAGGCGGUCGCACUAUUGCAUCGUACUACCAAGGUCGUUACGACGGAGACAUGUCGUACGGACACAGCACCAGCGCAGAUCCGGCUAGAAAUGGCUCUUCCAGUCGCGAUGUCAGUCCGACAAGCUCGCCUCAGAUGCACGCCGGACUAUCACGUCGUCUUAGCAGGGGAGAUCCUGAUGCCGCUGCUCAAGUGUAUUUGGGCAGUGGUGCGCGAAUGAGAGAUGGAGAGGAUGAGCAAGAGCUACACAUUGGCACAGUUGCCAGCCAGUACAGCAACAACCGGCGUCAGCAUGGAUCGUCAGGCAGUGCGGCCAGCUUUUACAAUCCCUUGGAAUCCUCGUUCGACGAGCCUUUUCGAUCUGCGCCUCCAGGCUCCACAGGCGAGGUUCUGGCAGGGACUCUCGGGCCGUACGCUCAAAGUGCCGGUCCCUCUGGCCAUGGACGCGACGGUAGUGCCGCUUCGGCAUUGGGCGAUGUGGGUCGCAUGCAAAGUCGACACCGUGCUUUCGAAGGGGGAGCUUCGGUCGAUACAGGCGCCUACGACGGUGCCGGACCUUUCCAUCUAGACUUCUCAGCGCCUCGCAUCCUCAGCGAUUCUCCUUCCCAAUCGCCAGUAAGCUUGCGCGAUCACGCUGCCCUUCCAGAUGUGCGAUUCGGUGCAGCGCAGGGCUGGAGCCAAUUUGGACAGGCACAGGAGGUGCAAUCGCCCGGCGAGAUGUCAUCAGCCGCAGAAAGCCCACCGAUGGGGCCAGGAAAGCGAAGCCGAAAUCACCUCUACGCCGCAGCUUCGCCUUCUCGCAUGGAUCAGGUGGAGUAUUUUGGCCAAGAUGACGUGCCUAGCGAGGGUCCGCGACUCUCUCAUCGUUCACCUGCUGAAAUCAUCGCUGGUGCAGGAGGGGACUCUCCGCUCGUCCAAACGGCAAGAGCUGGCUUGGAUCGAGUGGGCAAGUCCAUCAGACGUGUCAGUCGCAGGGUUGUAGGUUUUGAGCAACCGAUGGAUGCUGAUGGGCUGCGGGGGCCGCACAUUCGGCUUGCUGGCGAGGAUGGCAGCGAUGCUGGUGACAACACGCGUGAGACACCCAAGUCCUCGAAGAGCGAGAAAGUUCGACCCCGCGAGCAGGUCUUGCGAGGUCGGAGUCUCGGGCUUUUGGGACCGGAGAACAAGUUCCGGCGGAUCAUGGCCCGCUUACUAUCUAACAUAUGGUUUGAGCCACUGAUUCUGUGCUUGAUCAUCGUCGUUCUCGUCACCUUUGUGGUGCAAUCGUGGCCCAGCGCGUAUAAGGACCCACGGAAGCCCGGAUAUUUUGAUUACUGGCCGGACUAUGUCUUGCUGGCCAUCUUUUCCGUCUUUACUCUCGAGGUCGUCGCACGGGUGGUCGUCUCGGGGCUUUUGAUCAACCCCCCACCCCUCGUUUACGGUGGCGUGGUGGGCGGCUCGGUUACCAAUCAUGACCUUCAUCACACAGGUCGCAUUGAUGGUUCGGAAGAUGCCGAAGUCGAAUCGACAGAUAAGCUCGGCUCUUUGGAGGACCCAAACUCUGUAGCAGCAAGGCGGCGAAGAAUGUCGAAGUCCAAUACCCUCGACACGUUUGCUGAGCUAGGUGAUUCGCUCAAGAACCGCGCUAACGUCAUGCUGUAUCGGCACCGCGACGAUCACAUGGGUACCAGCACGGCGUCAAGGAAGUCCUACCUGGAGCACGGACCUACUGCAAAUGUAUCCAAACUUCAGGGCCAGUCUCCCAAUACAUCGCCAAGACUAGUGACUUCGCAUAAACUCGCACCUGACGGUAGAAUGGGCUUCAGCGAGUGGGGCGACACCAUCGCGCCGACCUCUCGACCCGGCGCCUCGCAGAAGCAGGAGAGCAGCACGAUGCCACCACAAGCCUCUGAUGCUGGAGCCAAGUUUCUUGCGUCACGUCCGCUUCCUUUCGCUCAAGCUAUCCUCGCGCAGCGAGCGCAAGCUGCGAAUUAUGCUUACUUGCGACACAGCUGGAAUCGCGUUGACCUGUUGUCUGUCAUUUGCUUCUGGGUUGCUUUCUUGCUCGGCAUAUUUCACGCCGAGCAGACCUCAGACCGACACCUCUACAUUUUCCGAGCAAUUGCCGUCCUCCGCGCGGCUCGUCUGCUCACAGUCACGAACGGUACGACGACAAUUCUGGCGAGUCUAAAAAUGGCAGCCCCAUUGCUAGUCAACGUUGCAUUCUUCACUGGAUUUGCGAUGUUGCUCUUCAGCAUCAUCGGCGUACAAGCUUUCCGAGGCAGCCUGCGGAGGAGCUGCAUCUGGGUCGGUGACUACGACAGUGAACCCGGCACCAACUACACCCUUAGCCAGUUCUGCGGGGGGCACGUUGACGUCGCUAGUGGUCAAGUGGUCGGUCCGCUCACCGAAGCUGGCUCCUCACUCGGAAGUCCGAAGGGCUACAUCUGCCCGCGCGGAUUGGUUUGCGUAAGGAGCGAGGAAAACCCCGAGGGCGGAACAAGAAGCUUUGACCACAUCUUUGCUUCUUUGCUACAAGUCGUCAUCAUCAUUGGUGCCAACAACUGGUCGGACACCAUGUACGACAUUGUGGACACUGAGCCUUUCGUGUCUUGCCUUUACUUCAUUGUCGCCGUCAUCCUUCUCAAUUUUUGGCUGGCAAACUUGUUCGUUGCCGUGAUCACGAACACUUUUGCAACGAUUACGGCCGAAACGAAGCAUUCUGCUUUCGCUGACGAGAAAAUCGAAGUCGCUGCUGUCCCAAAAGAGGAGGAGAAUAAUGCGAUGGCGCAGUAUCGCAAACGAGUCGCAAACGUCUACAAGCAAAUUUGGGGAUGGACGAAGUACUUUUGGCUUCUCGCCAUCAUUACCGACCUUGGCUUGCAAGCAAGCCAGGCAUCAUAUAACACCGAGGAGGAAGAGCGCCGCGGCUACUUAGCCGAGCUUGCCCUGACCGUCCUCUUCGAUGUCGAGAUCCUUUUGAGGUUCAUCUCCUUCGUGCUUGACCGCGACUCGCGCGGUUUCUUCGCCUCUCGACGCAAUCUGGUCGACUUGUUCUUGGCUCUCAUCACCUCGAUCAUCCAAAUCCCCGUCAUUCAUUCGAGCGCCGCCUAUCCUUGGCUGACUUUCUUUCAAUUGGCUAGGUUCUAUCGUGUUAUCGCAGCAGUCCCGCGUAUGCAAGCUCUCUUGAUCCGAGUCUUUGGUUCAAUGAGCGGUCUCAUCAACACAACCCUCUUCUUGAUCUUGAUGAUUGGACUCUCCGCCCUGCUAGCUGCCCAGCUGCUGCGUGGAGAGCUCCCACAAGAGGAUGACGACGGAGGAGUCUCAACCUUCUUAAACUAUGGUCGUUAUUGGUACAGCUUCGCAGGUCAGUGGCAAAUCAUGACUGCAGAAGACUGGCCAGAUCGGCUUUACAGCAGUCUCGAAGCUGGCUCUCAGUACAAACAAGCCGUAAUCGUCGGUAUCUUUCUCGGGGGCUGGAUGAUGUUUGCCAACUUCAUUGUUCUGAGUCUGUUUGUUGCCGUCAUCAACGAGAAUUUCAGCGUUGCAGAGGGCCAAAAGCGCGCGCAGCAGCUGGAAAUGUACUUGCAGAAGCUAGGGGAGCCUAGACAAGCCCUACCGGCGCGACUUCUGGACCAAUUCAGUCCCUAUCGCUGGCUACGCGAACGCAACCAAGCAAAGAUGUCGCAAGGCACUGGGAUGUCGCAAGGAGCCAAUGCUGUGGACGAAGAGAAGCGGCGGCGAAUGACUCUGCAUCAGGUCGUCAACCCUUCAAGGAUCAAGCGUAUCAUGGAUACCGUUAAGAAGGUUUUGCGUCUAGACGCGCCCGAGGAGCAUGUCCCACUGGACACUAUCCGUGCUCGAGAUGCCAGACGGUCAAUUUCCGGAGAGUCUAUGCUACAGGGUGCUUUGCGAGCGCAGCAGGAUCCGGAUGGGCGUAGGUCACGGCGCAUGCCAUCGCGCGGUGAUUCAAUCUUUGACACACUCACAGAAGAUGAGCAGGCGCGACUGUUUGCUCGAGAGCGUCGGUUGUCUCGCAUGCGCACCGACUUUGGUCUUGGUCUUGCCGAGCCACCCUCUCAGUCUGCAAUCAACGCCGAGCACGCCACCCGCUGGCAACACGACCCACGUAUCGCCCAGGCCCGCCUCAUGAACACGCAUCCUUCUUAUGAAAAGUCGCUCUGGCUUUUCUCCAGCAGGAACCCCUUCCGACGAUUCUGUCAGAGCAUUGUUCCUCCGAGUUACGGAGAGCGUCUUUUCGGACGACCGGUCUCACGCAGUCGUCACACAGUGUACCAGAUCGUCAUGUUCCUCACCAUCGCUGCCUCGAUUGUUGUAGCUGGCGUCGCGACACCGACAUACCGCCGCGACUGGUACAGAGAGCAUGGCCUCAAGCGAGGCUCUUGGUUCAGUAUCACGGAAGUCUCGCUCAGUGUCGUCUUCCUCCUGGAAUUCUUCCUGAAGGUCGUCGCGGACGGUCUGGCCUUCACGCCGAACGCUUAUCUCCUUUCCGCCUGGAACUCUCUCGACCUCUUCGUGCUCGCUACUCUAGUAGUCAACGUGAUUACGGAGCUGGCAGUCAUUGGAGGUGUCAGCCGCUUUACGCGAUCUCUGAAAGCUUUCAGAGCGUUGCGUCUCAUCAAUCUGGCCAGCGUACUUCGCAACACAUUUCACGCGCUAGUCGCAGGUGGCGGUCGCUUCAUCGAUGCAUCCGUGCUCGCAAUCCUCUACAUCGUCCCAUACGCUGUUUGGGGACAGAAUCUGUUCAGCGGCCUGCUGUAUGCUUGCAACGACACGGGCGACGCCAUCGCGGUCAAAGCCGAUUGCAUCGGAGAAUACUCGGCUACUGCAUCCCAAUGGAGCUUUUUGGCGCCUCGUGUAUGGGACAACCCAACAGACGGCAGCGUGUACUCCUUCGACGAUUUCCGCUCUGCCCUUCUCAUCCUCUUCGAAAUUGUCUCGUUGGAGGGGUGGGUGGCAGUCAUGACACGUGCCAUGAGCAUCGUGGGCCGGGACCAGCAGCCCCAACCCGAUGCCAGGCAGAUCAACGCACUUUUCUUUUUGGUUUACAACCUCGUCGGCGCCGUCAUCGUCUUGACGAUUUUCGUGUCCGUCAUCAUCGAGCAGUUUCAGACAUUCUCAGGCGCGGCAUUCUUGACGAAUGAACAACGCCAAUGGGUCGACCUGAAGCGUCUCAUCAAACGACAGCGACCUUCUAAGCGGCCCAAGGUGCAGCCGAAGGAUGCAGUCCGCGCCUGGUGCUUUGCACGUGCAACACAAAAGCACGGCUGGUGGUCGCGCAUGAUGACAUUCCUCUACUUUUGCAACAUCAUCGUUUUGGCUACACAACAAUUUUCUGAUCCUACCGAGGUAGAGAGGGCACGCGACUGGGUCUAUGUAGGAUUCGCAGUCAUCUACGCGAUCGACAUCAUCGUUCGCUUGAUGGGUCUAGGCUGGCGGGCUUACAAGAACAACUUCUGGAACAUCUACGAUCUAGUCGUCGUUGCUGGUACCUUUGCUACCACACUGCCUCUCCUCUCGCCUACAGAACUUGCCAGCACGGUCGACGUGCAGCUCCAAAAGAUCUUUCUCACAGCCGUCGCAUUCAAGCUUGUGCAGAAGAACAAUGCUCUGAAUCAGCUCUUCAAGACUGCUGUAGCCUCGCUGCCAGCCAUCGGUUCGCUGUUCGCCCUGUGGUUGGUGUUCUUCAUCACCUUCGCAAUCAUGUUCGUAGAGGUCUUUGGACUUACGCGCUGGGGCGAGAAUGAGACCUACUCGAAGAACUUCUCGACCUUCUUCGGCAGUGUCAUCUUCUUGAGCGCGCUCUCGACCGGAGAAGGUUGGAACCAGUAUAUGCACGACUACACAGUGCAGCCCCCCGAAUGCACUCCAGCAGCAAGCUACCUCGACACUGAUUGCGGAACGUCAUCAGGUGCGCUCACCCUUUUCAUCGCGUGGAACGUUAUCUCUAUGUACCUGUUCUUGAACAUGUUCACAGGUACUGUAGUCGAGAACUUUUCUUACGUCUUCCAGCUCGGAGGCAAACCGACGCUAUCUCGCGAACAAAUGCGCGCAUUCAAGAAGACCUGGGCAGCUUUCGACCCCGAGCGGAAAGGCUACCUUCAGCCAGCUCGCAUCGUCCCUUUUUUAAAUGCCCUCAACGGUAUAUUCGAAGUCCGAGUCUACCUGCAAGAAGGGCGUCUCUCGACGCUCCGAGCUGCCGCCACCCCCGGGGCCAACGAGGCUAUGCCGUCCAGUCCGUCCAGAGGCGGUGUGACUGGUGCCGCUUCCGAGGCACUCGCACGUUUGCGGGGCACCUCACCGCUCAGCGCUACCCCUCGCUCGGAAGAUGAGGGAGCAGGGAGACCGGCUUUCGCCUGGCCGCCCACUUCACAGCCCGCCCGAAUUGUCGCUGGUAUCGACGUCGACAAGCUUGGCGCAGCUAUAGACAAGCUGGACUCGGCGCAGAUCAAGGAGCGUCGUCGUCGCUUCGAACGAAUCUAUCAGGAAAUGAUGAUCGCCAUACAGGAGAAACAUCGGGAGGAAAAGGGCCUCCCCUUCACGGAUGCGCUCAUCAUCCUAGCGCACCACCUCAUCAUCGACGAUGAACAAGCGCUGAGCCUAGAGGAGCUGCUCGAGCGCCGCAUGCUAUGGGAGAAGGUCGACAUGCGCAUUGAAGCUAACAUCGUCCGCGGAAUGCUACGACAAAUGUACCUACGUCAGCGCUUCCUUGCAGUGCGAGAAGAGCGAAGGCGUGCUAGUAUAUCAGAUGCCCCAAUUCCUACCAUCAAUGUGGACGCCCCAGAAGCUGGAGCCAGCACAGGGUCUCGACAGACAAGACCUCAGCUCCAGCUCAACACUUCGAGUCCCGUCGUAACCCCGCCAGCUGGUCUGGCUGUCGACCAAGAUUACAUGAGUGCCGGUCUGAAGCCGGGAGAGGAGCGACUUUCGCCCAGUCGUCGUAGUCCCGAUGGCGCCGUGUCGCCGGCGAUCACGAUCAGCCCUGCUGAUGUCAGCCUGGAAGAACUGGUGCGACGGGCAUCGCCUCUGAUCGAGAGCUUCCAACACACUGCGUGGGGCGGCUUGGCCAGAAGAGUCUCCCGAGACGCCCGCGAUCUCGGCUCGCCCCCAAUCGCACCGGCUGCUGGGGAAAACCCUUGGCAGCGGUCCCCAGAACCCUUUGCAGAUGAUCCUACCAGUGCGGCUCAACGAGCCGCUUACAUGUAUGGUGAUGUGCUGCCAAGUCAUCAAGAGUCUCGCCCUGGAACAUCUCAUGACGCUCCCGAGACCUCCAGACAUGCAGGAGACCAACAGAAUCCGCCUGACAGUGAACGCUUCAAUACGCCCGCUCAGCAAGGCGGCUCUGGAAAACUCGGACUCCGAGGCUAUCGCGACAAUUUCUUGUGAUACUGGGCAUUAUUACUUCAGUCUCCAAAUUAAUUCUUCCUCGACGCAUCCCGCAGAGAGACUCAUCACCGGACACUCGCAUCACUCUGAUCCCGACGCGCUUAGAAUCUCAUCAUCCUCCAUACAGCCUCUUGCACACGAGUUGCUCCUUCCACUUACCUAGACAUUCCGUUGCAUCUCUUCGCACACCCUUUUACAAUCACACAAAUCAACCACACACACUCUGCGGAAGAUCCAACCGUCGCUAGCCUUGUUCCCGAAGCUGUAACUUAUCUCAGAAGCUCUACUUUCCUCACUUUGAAUGAAUGCGUCGUCAAAGG